AUGGAGAGCAGAGUGACUUUUGGUUACGACGUACAGAUCACACAGUUCCCACAUGCGGUAUACCUGGAUCCGCCAACAUGUUCGGCUUCGCUUAUCCUGGUUCAAAUUAUCAUCACAGCAGCUUCCUGUCUAUCGCAAAGGAAAACCAGGCCAGUAACCGCGUACUUUGGCAGCGCAAUUCCCAGUUUCUCCAGGAUGAAACGCCUCGUCAUCAACCAUCAAGCACACCCAGAAUAUCGUGAAGGCAACCCAAAAAGCAACAUUGCUAUAGCAUUCCUAGACUCGCCAGUAAAGCUGUCGAUUUAUACUAAGAAAAUUCCGAUAGCAACAGAAUAUCCAGACAGUAAAAAAAGAAAUAUAGGUGUCGGCGUCGGCUGGGGUAGACAAAUUUUGCCGCACAAGUUUCGUGACACCGCAAUCAGCCGCCACCUGAGAGCCACGCAUCAACGUAUAAUGCAAGCUAGCGACUGCAACAAACAGAUGACAGCCAAGAUACCGGGGAACGCAUUAUGCAGCCUUCCUAUAGUCGGCCAUUUUUAUAAAGACGAUUCUGGCGCGGGAUUGGUGUACAAGACUAAAAGUGGGGUCGAUAUCCUCAUCGGUGUACUCUCCCACAUCAUCGAUGAAGUGGCCGUCUACGGGAAUAUGAUUACCCAGGGGAAAUGGGUGCAGGAGCAAGUCGUCAAGUGUGACGAGAAACAGGUGUAA